UCACAGACAAGUUUUUGAAUUCACCUUUAGUAGUAUGAGCACGUGCAACAUAUCUGCGACUAUACUCAUAGAAUAUAGAAUAACGUUUCUUAUAAUUUAUGUGAAUGUGAAUUAAAAAUCAACUAUUAUAAAUUUUAUGGAUUUAUUUCAUUAUCGAGUUUGACACGUUUUACUAUUUAGACAGUAAAAAAUAUAUAUAUAAAAUAUAUAUUCAUUGCAAAGAAUUGAAAUUAAUUUAUGUGAAUUUACAUUAAAAAUGGGUAAACCAUAUUAUGGACAAAAAAAUGGUAAAUCUUGGAUAUAUCGACAAAAAAUAAAAUCAAAAAGAAGUAAUAAUAAUCAAGACGGCAAUAGAGACAGUGCAGAAGAAAAUGGUCAAAAUUCUCGAAUAAUCGUGAGAAAUUUACCUUUUAAGGUAACAGAAGACGAUAUAAAAAGAUUUUAUAAGCCAUUUGGUGAAAUUACAGAAAUAAACCUCUUAAAACGCUCAGAUGGAAAUUUAGUUGGAUGUGGUUUUAUACGAUUUAAAUGUAUAGAAGAUGCAUCAAAAGCAAUAUUCAAUACUAAUAAAAAGGAAUUUCUUGGAAGAACUAUAAAUUGUGACUGGGCAAUAUCAAAAUCCAAAUUUAGAGAAAAGCUUGAGAAAAAUCUUUCUGGUAAUCAGGAAACUGAUAAAGAUGAAAUACAAAAUUCUGAAAAUGUACAAAAAGAAGAUAAUAAAGAUAAUAACAUACAUAAGAAAAAAUUUAUAAAAGAAAAAGAUAAUUUGAAAAAGCAGAAAAGGAGAAAGCUUCAAAAGAUGAGAAAACAGAAAAAACGAGCUAGGAUUGUAAUACGAAAUUUAUCUUUUCAGGUUACAGAAGACAAUUUAAAGGAAUUUUUUUCUCAAUAUGGUGAAAUAGACGAAAUAAAGAUUUUAACCAAACCUAAUGGUAAACAAAGUGGAGUUGCAUUUGUGCAAUUUAAUGUUGUACAAAGUGCUGCAAAAGCUAUACAUUAUGCAAAUAUGCAAUCUCUUUUAAACAGAUCUAUGAUAGUUGAUUGGGCUAUUCCAAAGAAUAAGUUUUCUGAAAACAAUACAGACAUAAAACCAGAAAUCAAAACUGAAAUUGAUGAAGAUGAAGUACAUGAUACUUCAGAAAUAAAAGUAAUUGAUAGCAGUGAGGAUGAGGAUAAUAAAUCGGAUGCUGACUUGGACAGCAAAGAAGUUACAAUGGAAAAUAUACAAGAGGAAAUCGAGUCUGAGAAAGAAGAAGCAGAAAUUAAGCAUGAAGUAGAAGAUACUGAUAAUGAAGAUGACAGUAAUAAUGAUAGUAAUGAUGAUGAUGAUAUCAAUAUUAGUAUUGAUCAAUCUGUUAUUAAAUCGGAGAAAAAUGAAAAGAAAGAAAAUUAUUCUGAUGCAGAACAUUCACGACGAACAUCUAAUGAUGUUAGUGAAGGAAGAACGGUUUUUUUGAAAAAUGUACCAUUUGCUGUUAAGAAUGAUGAACUUAAAAGUUUUAUGGAGCAAUUUGGACCUAUUUAUUACGCUCUUGUUUGCAUUGAUCCUUUGACUGAAUAUUCCAAAGGCACUGCAUUUGUUAAAUAUAGACAUAUUGAAGAUGCUGAGAAGUGUUUAAUGGCUGGAACUGAGUUACGUUUACGUGAUCAAAUAAUCGAUGUACAUAGAGCAUUGCCAAAGCAGGAAGUAACAAAUAAAACGAACUUGAAGAAACAAAGGACUAAAGAUUCCAGAAAUUUAUAUCUUGUUAAAGAAGGAGUUGUGCUGGCCGGAAGUCCAGCUGCGUUAGAAGUAUCGAUGUCCGAUAUGGAAAAACGUUUGAAAUUAGAGCGGUGGAAAUCGCAGAUGUUGCGUAACUUGAACAUGUUCAUAUCGAGAACGCGACUUGCUGUUCACAAUUUACCAUCCAAUCUGGAUGAUGCAAAACUUAGACAAUUGUUCAAAAAUCAUAGUGGUCCUAAAGCUAUUAUUAAGGAGGCCCGAGUUAUGCGUGAUUUGAAAAAUGUUGAUGCAACUGGAAAAGGCAAAUCAAAAGAGUACGGUUUUGUUACAUUUACCAGUCAUGAGGAUGCACUUAAAGCUUUGAGAAGUAUAAAUAACAAUCCAAAUAUAUUUUCCAAACACAGAAGACCUAUAGUCGGAUUCUCGAUAGAAAACCGCAUUUUGGUAAACGCGAAGGACAGAAGAAUUCAGAAAAGUCGCGACCGAAAUCCUUUGUGGUCUGGAAAUAAAAAUAAAAGAAAAAGCGAAGAUGCUGAGGAAGAAAUACCAACCAAACGAGUUAAAGCCAGAAGAGUAAAUGAAAAAGAAUUGAAUAAAAAAUCAUAUACUGGCAUUACUAGUGAAUUAGGCGAGGAUAAAUUAAGAUCAAAUUUCACACUUAAGUCACAGGCUAAGUUACAUAUGUGGACUAUGAAAAAACAGAAAAAAUUAACUAAAACGAUUAAACAAUCGGAAACUGCGAAAAAGGAAAAGACAAAGAAAAUGCAAGACAAUAUGCCAAUGAUGAAGCAAGUAAAAAAGUUUGAUAGAGAUGUAAAUGAUGUAAACUUUAAUAUGCUUCUAAAUAAUUAUAGAAGCAAACUGAAAGAUAUUGAUCUUAAAAAAUCGAAAUGGUAUGAAUCCUCGAAUCCUGGAUCUUAAAAUGUAU